AUGCCUAGGGCUCCACGGAACCACAGCAAAACUUACAAGGUUCCUCGUCGACCUUUCGAAUCGGCUCGUCUAGAUGCUGAGCUGAAGCUCGCCGGCGAGUACGGUCUCCGCAACAAGCGUGAAAUCUGGCGUAUCGGUCUCAUUCUAUCCAAGAUUCGUCGUGCAGCUCGUGAACUUCUCAAGCUUGAUCCCAAAGACCCUAAGCGACUUUUCGAGGGUAACGCUUUAAUCCGUCGUCUUGUCCGAAUUGGUGUGCUCGACGAAACUCGUAUGCGUCUUGAUUACGUGUUGGCCCUGAAGGUCGAGGAUUUCUUGGAGAGGCGUCUGCAGACACAAGUCUUCAAGAGCGGUCUCGCUAAAUCCAUUCACCACGCCCGUGUGCUCAUAAGGCAACGUCACAUCCGCGUUGGAAAGCAAAUCGUCAACGUCCCCUCCUUCGUCGUUCGUCUUGACUCCCAAAAACACAUUGACUUUGCCCUUACUUCUCCAUAUGGAGGAGGUCGCCCUGGUCGUGUUAAGCGUAAACGUGCCGCUGCUGCCGCUAAGAAAGAAGAGGGCGGUGACGAGGAGGAAGAAGAGUAA